CAGCCGCUUCUGGCCGUGGUAGCCUGUAUUCGCCUGAACCUGCGGCUGGGCGCCGGCCAUGGCUGCACCUGCGGCGGGGACGCACGUGUUCCUGGAGGUGCGGAGACGGCUGCAGAGCGCGCUGCUGAUCCUGGGGGAGCCUAAAGAAGGAGGUAUGCGCAUGGAUAUUUCUCUAGCGCCCUCCUCACUCCAGGUGAAGACCCCGGAAGGCUGCACAGAACUCCGGUUUCCAGCAGAGGUCAGGCUCGUGCCUUCCUCCUGCCGCGGGCUGCAGUACGUCCCGGGAGAUGGACUGCACCUGCGGCUGCAGGUGUGGGCAGAACCCGACAACACCAAGCUGAUUUCAAUGUUUAAUCAAAGCUCACAAGCCCAAGGAUGUUGCACAUUUUAUUGCCAGUCCUGCGGUGAAGUCGUAAUAAGGAACAGGAAGCUCCUCAGGGUACUCCCAUUGCCGAGUGAGAAUUGGGGAGCUCUAGUUGAAGAAUGGUGUUGUCAUCCUGACCCCUUUGCUAAUAAGCCACUUCAUCCACAAGAGCAUGACUGUUUUAUUGGAGACUCUUUCUUCUUGGUGAAUUUAAGAAGUGAUUUAUGGCAGCCAAGACCUGAACUAGCCCCAGUGGAGACACAAUGUCCUUCUUCUGAGAACCAUUUUAAACUGAAACCAAAGGCAAAUACCAAAGUAAUUUGUAAGCGUUGCAAGGUAAUGUUGGGAGAGACCAUGUCAUCAGAAACCACCAAGUUUUUUAUAACAGAGAUAAUUAUUCAGCCGUCUGAAAGAAAUUUUUCCAUCGUACCAAGGUCUCAGUUUGUACAGAACGUGAUCGCCCAGUGUCUGGUGGAACUCUCCUCUGCUAGAAGCACUUUUAGAUUCACUAUUCAAGGUCAUGAUGGCAAAGUGUACAUCUUGCUGUGGCUUUUAAACUCAGACAGCUUGGUGAUUGAAUCUUUGGGAAGUUCCAAGAGUAUCAAAAAAUUCCCCCUGUUGGAAGAUAUCUUGAAGGCAGAUUCCAGUUCUGCCUGGAAUGCUGUCAAGGUCCUCUAUCAGCCAUGCAUCAAAAACAGGAAUGAAAAGCUUUCCAGUGCUUGGGAAAGUGAUAUCAGCAUCCACUCUCUAACCCUGCCCUCUGCAACCUGCUUGGAGCUUCUGUUGAUAUUAUCAAGGAAUAAUGCCAUGCUGCCGCCAUCCCUUCGCUCUGUGAAUUCCUUUCAGGUGGCCUUUUUGAAGAUGUAACCGUUGGUUGGAGCCAAGGCACCCUCCCUGGCAUGCAGCUCUCCAGGCCGGAGGCCAGCGUUCUGCAUGGCGGGCAGUCAUCACAGACGCAAGAACCCGAGCUCCAGAAUAAGAGUGUUGAAUGAAGUUGUGAGUUGACUUGUUGGCAUAUUGUCUCUAAGAGAAGAGUUCACUUCAAAUCUUUGAAGAACCAAGGCUGUGAAGAAAGUUGUAGUCGCAGAGAAGUUAUGUCUCUGUUUCCCACUGAGAGGAAUAGCCAAAUAUGUGCUGUGUCAGCAACACCUGGGAGGGUAUUUGCUUCUGGAGUCCCGUCUGUCCUUUGGGGGAUGGAGUGAGGGACUCUGGUGGUGGAACUGAAUGUUAACUGCUAUGCAUCCAGGCAGAUAGACUUAACAAACUUCCCAUUCGGUUUGCUGGAAACAAAUUUUUAGAAAGAAAAAUAGAGAAUUUUGUAUACCUUAUUCGGAAGAGAUGCUCUGUGAAUAAAUGUGUGUUGAAUGAAUGAUUAACAAAUUAAAGGUUUUCCUGUGUAUGCAGACCUGCACUUGUUCCUUUUGUUCUUUAUUUCCUUUACCAAAUACUAUUGCCUAUCCACAAAUAGACCUCGCCGGCCUCCUGUUACAGAAGUAUCUUAGUCCCUGUGUGCCAGAGCACCUGGAGAGGAGACCAUGGAUGGAGAAGGACAGAGCUAGAGGGAAUCCUACAGAGCACGGGUGAGCUGCUGAUUUCACAGAGAAGGUUCGAUCCUUGCCUGUCGUCACCGGCUCCGGGCAGAGCUGGAACGGGAGCCGGAGCUGGGCAGAUCUCCUUUCCCACUCUGUGGUCAGGAGGACCAUCUGCAUGUAAACUGUACUGGCUGCUCAUCCAGCCUGUUGGCGUUCAUCUGAGCCUGCAGACCACCUAAUACCUCUCUGCGCCAAAUACUCGGGGUUUUACCUCCCCUAAUUUCCUAACACUCAAAACACCGGUGUCCCUCAGGCUUGUGCUUUGGUGAACUUUUUGUUUCACCGAGACGCUUGCCUGCCAGCAUCACAGCAUGGUGGGGCACUCCUAAUCUGUCACCAGCAGACCGGCCGAGGAAUAAAACCCAUCUGUUUGAC